GCGGGGCUCGGGCCGUGCCAUGGCGGAGCAGGUCUUGUUCCGGCGUGGGACCGGACAGAGCGAUGAUUCGGAUGUGUGGGACGACACGGCGCUUAUCAAGGCGUACGACAAGGCGGUGGCCUCCUUUAAGAACGCUUUAAAGAACGGAGAGUGUUCGGAAGCCUCAGACAAGCAGGAGCAGCGCCUGGGGAUGAAGAGGAAAAACAACAAAAAGAACAGAAAUCGGAAGAAGAACGGCACAGUCGCGCUGCAACCGUGGAAAGUUGGUGACAGCUGUAGUGCUGUUUGGUCUGAGGAUGGGAAUGUGUACUUGGCAUCUAUCACCUCCAUCAACCAGAAGAGAGGCACCUGUGUCAUAACUUACACGGGAUAUGGAAACCAGGAGGAGCAGAACCUGUGUGAUUUACUUCCUCCAACCAGCAGUGAAACAAAUGAAAAUGAUGUUCCAUGCUCAACAGAUGAAAGUGAAAAGUCUUCCCAAUCCCCUCGAAACAAAAACAGCUGCACAAAAGGAAGGUUCCACUCUCCAAACCUACAUUGUUCAACACCACUAGAAGCCCCAGGACUGGGAAGGCCUGGAUCAAAAUGGUCGACAUCUCCACUUUUUGCACCUUUCUGGCCCCCAGCCUUCCCACCAGCACCACCGAUGAUUCCUCCUCCACCACAAUUCCCAAGUCCAGAUGCACUUGAGGAUGAUGAAGCCCUGGGGAGCAUGUUGAUGUCCUGGUACAUGAGUGGUUACCACACUGGGUAUUACCUGGGUUUAAAGCAAGGCCGUAUGGAAGCAGCGAUGGCGAGAGAGACAGAUGCAAAGUAACUGAAUACCCAUCCUUGGUUUGAAGGAUUGUCACUAUUGCAGUUUUGUGCUAAAUGAAGAUCCACCAAUUUGUUUAGAAGGCUCUCAACAGGGUUUUUAAUUCAGUGCAGGAGCUGUGAGCUUCAGGACUUCCCACCAGUAUGGCUCUACCACGACCACUUCUGCCAGCGUCCGCUCCUUUGCUAUGAAAUGGUCUUUCUUUGUCCAGGAGGAAGAAAAGUGUUUUAUUGCUCUGAUGAAAGGUUGAAACCACAGCAUCUCUACAUCAGGAGUCACAGCACAGCUGGCUUGAUCUGUGAUGAGCUGCUUGUUGGGGAAACGAGGUGGUUCAGUGAAAUGCAGCUGCUUCACCCAUGUAUACCUCUUGAGGAGCAGCUGCUGCUGUACAGAUGCAGCUUCUGUAGCUGAGCUUUGUUUUCAGGGCAAGAAACACUUCAGUUGGAUGUGGUUGAGCAGUUCUGUUCUCACUGCUUCAUUGCCUGUGCUUUUAGUUGGAAGUCACCAGAGUUUUAUGGCACAUUGUCCAGUUUCUUUUAGGACAAAACUGUAUUCAUUUGGGGAUUUGUCUUUUCUGAUUUUUUUUUUUCUCUGUGCAAUUGAACAAUUCAUUGUUAAAAAAGCAAAACUAAACCAACACCCAAACUCUUGUACACAAGUUCUUGCUUCUCUCUUAAAGCCAGACACCAGCCUUGCCCCCUGAGAGGGGU